UUGGAGCACAUCUGCUGGCUGGCUGGCUGGUGAUGGCGCCCGAUCCCUUCGAGUACGUCAUAUUCUUCGUGUUCUCGAUUCUGUUGAUCCGACGGAUCGCGAUGGAUGCUCUGGAACUCCUGCGCCAGGAAGAAGGCUACGCUGCAUGAGCUGCUGCGCACCGCGGUCGGUCGUUCACACUGUCGCGUGUUUCUCGAUCGUCAUCUCUCCCGAGCUCUCUCGAUCCCACAUCGGAGCCACGAAUCUUGUGGGCAGCAUGCUCGAGACUUCUCUGGACCCGUUCUCUGGACAUGAAGGCUUCAUGACGAAAUCAUAGGAUUCCUGCGACGCUGACGACGGUGCUGAAUUUCAUUCUCCGUGCGUGUACAUCAGAAGGCCGACGGGUCAGCUGUUACAGAUUUCGAGGUAUAUUGCAACGGAAUCUCAAGAAGUAGCAGGGUGUGAAGAGAAGAUAUGAACUUCCACACCGGCUGUACCUCCUCAAUAGCUGUGUGAUGGAAGAAACUGGGCUGUCCAUUCUUUGGAAGUGUUUUUCGACGUAAAGUCAGAACUUGUCUUAAGGCAUAUUAACUGGGAGUAGAUGUCAGAAAACCAAUCCAGCUUAUGUCGAGAGGGUAGUCAUCACCAAGGGCACUUCUAGAAAGCCACGUGGAGUACAGUCAUGCUUGCUUGCGCUUCGAUGUCAUGAGCUAGCAGCAGAUUUGCUUCGCUCUGGCCAGAACUUUGUGCAAUACGAUGUGCAGCAGAAUCUCGAAUGCAAAACCCUCCCCACAAAUUCCAAGAAGCGUUUUACUGACGAUCACGAGGAAGAAUCGAUUGACAUUCUGGUGAGCAAAAUGGAAACUUCAUCUGUGAACAAAUUCCCAUCUCCGAGCGAUCAAGUCAG